AUGAGCCCUCGCAAGAACAUGAAGAAAGCUGAAGAGCAACGCCCUCCAGCACCGUUUGCGGAGGACGAUACUGCUUCCCAAGGUGACGAUGAGUUCGAAGGGCUCAGUCAAAAGCUCAUCGACGAGUAUCUAGCGGCCUACGACGCGCUUCAGAACCCAAACCUUAACGACAAAGAAGAGAACGCAAACGAUGACCCUUCUGAAGACUCACAGUCCACUCCAGACGAGUACGAGCAAGAGUCUCACGGCAAGAUCCUAUAUCUGCGUUCGAAUGGGAACGAGCCUCCAUCGCAAUUCCGGCUCAACUACCGUACCGUUGUUGACCCACCUCAAGGUCAACCAGCUCCGGUCCAGCAAAACCCGGUUCCUGUAGCUCCACCUCCAACUUUCGUCUAUCGAAAUGCUGCGAACCCCGCUUUUAUGGCCGGUCCAAAUGUUCCGCAAGCUGAGCCUGUGUGGUACUCCGUUGAGGGCAUUCCCGAAGCAAUUGAACGAUAUGAUCAAAAUCAUCGAAGGCAUCGUGGAUUGGCGCUCCCCUUUCAUGGCAAACCCUUCGAAGAACAGUACCUAAGGGCCUCGGCACCAGGAAGGUACAGUCGGGGUGUUGAAGGCAUGCCCCGCGACUUCUUUCCUAGUCGGUCUGCACCGAUCAUGUGUCGUCCCAACGGAAGACAGGACGAACGAAUGCCGUUUGCGCCGCCACGCCCGUUGGAUAGAGACAUGGCUCCUCCCAUGGAACGCGACCUCCUGUUUGAAAUGUGGGCCGAUGCCUUUGUUGAGAGUAGAAGGAUGGAGCAGGAUAUGGCAGCAUUUAGGGAAAGACUCCAGCGGCUGUACAAGUUCUGUUACAGGUCUUAG